AUGCUUGUGGGAGCAGUUACAGUAGAGGAUGCGGUUUCACAUCAGGACCAGAGUCCCUCCUGUCUUGCCUUGGGCAUGGCGAUGACGCUGUGGAUGUUCACAGGAGGCACUUGCCAUGUCGGCGAGAUGUAUCGUGCCAAGGAUCAGGUCUUGGAGAGCUCUGAUGCAGACACGGCGGAGGAUGUGCUCUGGGAGUCAGGAGGAGCUACAGGCAACCUUGCGGCUUUCCUUGAGUCCAGUGCGAACGUGACACGAUGCGCGCACCUCUCAGCUUUCGUCCAGACUCUUGAGUUACACGGGAUGAGGCGGGUGGACCCCAUGGACCGGAGACAUCUGCAUCCCCUCGUCAUUCCCGUAGCUGUCAGCCCGACAUCAGGAUCUCAUACUUGCAUGCUCCGGAUGCCCAGCGCCUCCAAGGGGGACAUGCUUCCUAUCGUGGAGACAACCGGGCAGACCGGGCUGAGACUGGUGGCUCCGAACACACGAUCGUACCUCAUGAGACUCGCGGUGGAAGCAGACGAGUCUGCGGAUGAAGGGAAGAAGUCAGCGGUGAUCGAGGCAGCGAACAGCGCGGGAGAGCUGUACAAGAGGGGCGAAAAGAAAGAAAAAUCCCCCAGCCUGUCGUUGACCAAGUACAUCUUGUCCAAGGUUGGAGCAUUCCCAGACCUCUACGAGGAACUCGCGCUUCACCACCUCGAGCGCGGUGAUCAGACGGCAGCGCUGGUGGCUGCAGAACGCUCUGCGAAGAUUCAACAUGGCUGGGGAAGCGGGUAUCGUUUCCAGGCUCUGCUGUACACAAAGCUGGGGAGAGAGAAGGAGGCGAAAGAUGCUGCGAAGCUGGCGCUGAUGAUGCCGUUGUGGACUCUGGGAGAGCAAGUGGAGGAGGUGUCACGGCAGGCGGGCGAGGCAGAUGUGAAGGCCUUCAAGCAGAAGAUUGCGGAGAUGUCCAAGAGCACGAGAACAAUCGAGAUGAGCCAGGCAUGCCAUGGCCACCCGUUGGAAAAGGCGAAAGAGGAGGCGAUGUUGGAGCGGGCUGAUGAUAUCAUGAAUGAAGUCUGUUUGGGAACAUACAAGGGAUGGGACGAUGUCCGAAGUCAGCUGGCAGAGAUCUACAUGGGAGGAGGCAGGAUGGACCUCGCCAGCUUCGUGCAAGCGCACUCGGAGCGGUAG